CGUUACGACUGCGUGCCAGAGCAGGCCACCAUGAACCUGUCGGUGUUCUCCGGCUUCAUCGGCGAGGAGGCCACGACCGGCUGCCUGCACUACAUCCUCGGCGGCGGAGCGGGGAGCUCGUCCAACGACUCCUGGAGGGACGCGCAAGACGCCGACUCUGUGCCCAAGUUGCUGAUCGGAGCGCAGCAGCAGGAACCCGCGUAUGCGCGAGUCCCGAUGACACUCUUCUACUCGGCCGUCUUCACCCUGGGCAUGCUGUUCAACGGGGCAAGCAUUCUCACGCUUCUCUUGAAUUCACACCUCAAAGGCAAUGUGGUGCGGAGCUACCUGCUCAGUCUCUCCGUGGCUGACAUCCUGUUACUCCUCACGGUGCCCGUCACGCUCUACCGCUCCUACUGGCACUACUACACCUGGCAGCUGGGCAACGUCACCUGCAAGCUCUACUUCAUGCUGCGCCAGGUGUACUGCUCCGCUACGAGCUGGACCAUCACGGCAUUCACGGUGGAGCGCUACGUCGCAAUCUGCCGCCCGCUCCACUCCGUGCGGGCCCGGCAUCAGCGCAUCAAGCCGCGCGCGCCGCUCGCUCUGCUGGCGCUCGUCUGGCUCCUUGCGCUGCUCAGCUCGGCGCCGUUCGCGCUCACCUACGGCGCCGCGCUGGCGUGCAUCCUCGACUACACGGUGCAGCCGGGCAGCCGGGACGCGCGCGGCGUGCUGCGAGCCUCGACGGUGUGCGAGCUCGUGGAGCGGGAGCCCUUCCGCGCCUACGGCGGUGCCAUCGCCGCGCGCGCAGCCCUCUGCUUCGCGCUGCCGCUGUGCGCCAUCGCCACGCUCCACGCGCUCAUCUACCGCAGGAUCAGGAGGCGGUGCGGGCAGCUGAGCAGCGCUGGUGGUGACGGAGGAGGAGGAGCGGGAGGAGGAGGGCGAGGAGGAGGAGGAGGGGGGCGAGGAGGAGGAGGGGGGCGAGGGCUGGACGCGGGCAGAGGCGCGGUGCCGUGUGCGGUGGCACGGCAGCAGGACGAGCGCAAGGCGCUCAAGUUGCUCGGUGCCGUGGUGGCCGCUUUCUUCCUCUGCAACUUCCCCGAGACGGCGCUCUCCCUGGUCCACAUCCACACGGGCCAGUGGAGCCAGGAGACGCACGCCACGUACACGUGGCUCAAGUUCUACCUCUCGCUGCCCGCGUGGUACGCCAACAGCGCCGUCGACCCGCUCCUCUUCUGCAUCGCCUCGCGCUGCUUCCGCUCGGCGUGCCGGCACACGCUGACAUCGCUGCUCGACCGCGCUGUCCUCGCCCUGCGGCUGGCCCUUCCCAAGCGGAGGGUGAUGCUGGCGGUGCUGCGCUCGUCCUCGUGGAGCCCGCCCGAGGUCGAGACCGCCGGCGGGCCCGCUUCGGCCGGGACGCCGCGGCUGCUGUCCUUCAGGCGGGGGGUCACGUCGCCCCCUCUGGUGGGGUCACGUGUGCUGCCGGUGGUCACGGUGGUCACGGUGGUCACGGUGGCGGAUGAUUCCUCGCACUCCCUGCCGAUCACGCAGUCGCCAGGGAGUGCCCGCAGAGGGUCCAAUGGCGCCGAAGAAUAGCUCCGCGGGCGCUCAUCCGUCGUUGUUUUGUUUAAAUAUAUAAUUUCAAAUGUGUUCGCAACUAAGAUUUAUCUCUGUAGUUGGGCAGGUGGGGUCUCAGAAGUUGUUUGGCAAAAUCCGUCUCGAUCGAUCGAAACGUCGUAGUUUUCUGUUAUUUUUUAUUUUCUUUGAACCUAUCUACGUGACUUUACCGAAAGACCCAAGAAUAUAAAAUAGUUUAGUUUCUAAGGGUGAGCCAGAUAACCCUGGAUGUACAGAUUUGCUUUGAGGAUUUUUUUUCAAACACCCGAGUGCUCACUGAUUGGUCAUUCAGCAUGAUUUGUCAUGAUUUGAGCUAGCCAGUGGAUUCAAGAAUUGAUUCUCUUGGUCUCUUUUUACCAUUUAGUUUGUAUUGAUUAUCACUUGAUCAGUAUCACAGUCCAGUGACGUCAGCACACGAAUAUGAGUCAAGUAACAUGGUGUCUGUUCAAACGAGAAAUGGGGGGGCACUGAUUACUCUUGGCCACCUUUACACUGGUGGCAACUCCACAUUCCCAUGGCAGGGGCGACGUAAUCAUUCCUUGUGCGAUAAAAAAAAAUCAGUGUGCAGGUUCUUGGUGGAAUAUUACAUAACGUA